GGUGGUGUCCGUCACUCGUGCUUCCCGGCCCGGACUAACAUGAGGGGAUGCUCCACACUCAAAGCUCCAUUAACACCCCAGCCAUGGAGACCGAGAGCGACAUCAUGUUGGAACUCGCCACGGAGGCUUUCCGGGCGAAAAACUUCGACCUGGCGGCGGAUAUUUACGAGUGCCAGCUAGCGGCUUUCGGGGUCGGAGAGAGCCGGCAGAAGUUGAUGGUGAAGCGGGCUGACGCGCUCGCUUUCGGGGGGAAAUUCGCCGACGCUCUCGAGGUGUACCGGCAAGCCGCAGAGAUAGAGAGACUGCGACCCGCACACCUGCACAACCUUAUCGAAUACCUCACCUCAAUGACCAAGCCGGAGGGCGGCGGCACGCCGGGCGAGGGCGCGAAUGCCUGGGCAGCGACAGCAAGCAGCCCCGGUGUCGGAGCCACAGGUAGCGGGGACGAAGACUUCUCCUGCCGGAUAUGUCUGAGCUCACUGUUUGAGCCUGUGACUCUUCCGUGCGGACACAGUUUCUGUAAGAAGUGUCUGGAGAGGGACAAGAAGGAGAUUGUGUGUAAAACGUGUAGGCACAGCUCCAAAGUAGCCGUCCACAGUUUCCGGGUCAACGUGGUCCUCUGCAACCUGCUGGCCAAGUGGUUCCCCGGGGCGCAGCAGGCCGGCCGGCUGCGGCGGGAGGGUAAUUGCCUAUACGCGGAGAAGAAGAUGCAAGCAGCUCUAGAGAAAUACAACCAAGCCAUCCUCAUAGCACCCACUGACCACAUACUUUUCAGUAACCGCUCCCAGAUCCACUCCAGCCUGAAAAAUUACAACAUGGCUCUUAGGGACGCUGAAAUGGCCUGCAGACUCACGCCUCUGUGGUCCAAGGGUCAUGUUCGCAGGGCUCAGGCUUUGAUCUCACUGGGCAGAACUGAGGAAGCACUGAGAGAGUACCUGCUAUGUCUGUCCAUAGAGCCUUACUGUAAACUGGCCAGGAACGAAGCUAACAAGCUCCUUAGUGACCUCCUGGCUCCAGUGACCAAUCAGGUCCCUGAACACAUCGCUGACUUCCCCAACUUUCUGCCCUCCAGAGGUCUCAUCAAGAACAGCAUCAGCACGCCAUCCCAAAUUGUUGGCCCCACCCCACUGUCACCUGUGUCCAAUGUCGCCACCGCCGCUCCUGCAGCCGAGGGUUCAGAUAGCAACGAGGUCAAAGUUCGAGGAAAGCCAGAGGACAGGAAGCUUUAUCAAUGUCUCCUCCUCAAACGGAAGCGAAGCAGCGUAAAUGAGGAGGAGGAAGGAGAGGGGAGGAGAGGAGAUAAAAAAAGACAGAAGUGUGAGCCAACACAGGUGAAAGACCUUUUGGAUCCCACAGAUCUGGAAUGUUCUCUUUGCAUGAGAUUGCUCUAUGAGCCAGUGACAACGCCAUGCGGCCACACCUUCUGUCUUCAAUGUCUCAAGAGAUGUUUGGACCACAACCCAAAGUGUCCACUCUGUAAAGAAGAGCUAUCUGAGUACCUGGUUCAAAGACAGUACUGCAAGACUGCACUAAUGGAGAACCUGAUCGCAAAGUAUCUUCCAUCUGAGCUUGUGGAAAGACAGAAAAUCCAUCAGGAGGAGAUGGCUGAGCUUUCCAACCUAAACAAGAACGUGCCUAUAUUUGUGUGCACCAUGGCCUUCCCCACUGUUCCUUGUCCGCUGCAUAUCUUCGAGCCCUGCUACCGACUGAUGAUUCGCCGAUGCAUGGAGACGGGAACCAACUGCUUCGGCAUGUGCCUGGGAGACGACCUAAAAGGGUUUGCAGAUUACGGGUGCCUGUUGGAGAUCCGUGACUCGAAGUUCUUCGCCGAUGGCCGCUCAGUCGUGGACACUAUCGGCAGGCGGAGGUUUAAAGUCAUUCAGCACAGUGAGAGAGACGGCUACAACACGGCUGAUAUUGAAUACUUGGAGGACGUAAAGGUGGAAGGCCUGGCGAAGGGGGAGCUGCAGUCGCUGCAUGACACCGUGUACGAGCAGGCUCUGGUGUGGGUCAACUCUUUGAAGGCGGAGCAGAAGGAACGUAUUGAGGGCCAUUUUGGACCCAUACCAGAAAAAGACUCUGAACUUCAGGCCAGUCCCAACGGUCCGUCAUGGUGUUGGUGGUUACUUGCUGUUCUUCCAUUAGAAGGCCGAGCCCAGCUACCCUUCCUGGCCAUCACAUCUCUGAAGGACCGCUUGAGCGGCAUCCGCAAGGUUCUGCUUUUCAUGGCCCAGAGCAUACAUCGGGGCCUCCCAGUGGGCCAGCGGUCACAAUAGACCCCACCCAACCCCAGCCCCACAGUCACCAUUCAGCCGAUGUGUUGGCACCUUCUCGUUGUAGCGCCAUGCGCAAACACGCAUUCAUCCAUUCAUCAUUCAUCCAUCCUCUUAUCAUGAUGCUAAUGUGCCUCCAUGGACAAGGUUGUACAUUGUUGUUGAGGCUCCUCCAAUUUGUUCUUCCUCAUGCAUCAGAUUAAACACGAAAUAGAUUGGAGGUGAGCUUUAAAGCAAGUACACCCCCCCUCCCGCGCCCCACUCACACACAACACACACUUUGUGUAUUCACGUGAGACCAAACUUUGACUUUUUGCACCCACAGCAGUUAAGUGACAGAAGUGACGUCAUAUUAAUUAGCAACUAUCUUCCUCCAAUUGUCACGUUUGUCUCUUUUCCUGUUUUGAUGUUUGGCGUUUUGCUUUUUUUUUUCUCCAUUAUUUAUUUUGUGUCCUUAUUUAUGCAUGCAGUGGCAUUGUUUACAUUUGUUUUGUCAUUUUCUCGAGGGUGAUUUUUUUUGUGCUCGCCACCUAGAAACAUUAGCCGUCAUGCAGGGAAAGUUGAGCACGAAUUCACUUUUGGAUUUUCACAAAGCAGAAUUUAUUCAGCGUUCAUUUCGUACUUCCACACAAAGUAGGCAAAGGCCUUAAAACAAAAUCAUAGCGCAUGUCUUCUUAAGAAAUCACUUCCAUCUAACUGCAAAUGUGAAAACAUAUUUUUAUGAAAAUGUUUGUAAUUCCAAUAUAAUAGCCGAAAAAUGUAUGUAAAAUUCCCACCAAUAUAUUUUGGAGAAAAGUGUGAUGCCUUGUGGACGUCAGUAGCAAAAAUCUGAUUGGCUCUUCUUCUUUGUGGAAGACCUCUCAUCCUAAAGGCUUCUUCACUUGGUGAGGAAUAAGACAAUCUUUGUGGGACACAAAAGUCAUACUAGGGUUGCCGUUGUCGUUUGUACCCAAGGAGGAAGUUGGCACCAUUUUGCAAUUUUGUGACAUCGUUUCCUCCAAAGAUUGUCUCAUUCCACAAGCUUCUUAUCACCAGACAUAAAGUAAGGAAAGGCCACACUUAGGUAAGAGUCCAUUCAAGUUUUUGAGGACUACCAUCACACGAACUGACUGACAAUCUCCACAGACAUCUUGUAAAUGUCCGGGACUGUUAGCACUUUGUCCAAAAAUAGUAGCCUAGUAGCUUUGGCUUAACAUUUUUUUAACUUAAGUAAGAAUUGUUUUAUAAUGUUUAUGAUUAUUUGUUUUUUACUUCAUAUGCAAUAGUACUGCGAUGUCAGAUUUAACCACCAUAUAUGUUGUAGUGUGAUUUACUUACAUUAGCGCAGGGCUAUCCAAAGUGAAUCCCAGUAGCCAUUUUUGGCCCGCAGCUGGUUCCUUGUUGGCCCUUGGCUUAUUGUAAGAAUGAAAUGAAUUAAUUAUUAAAUAGAUAUACAGUGGUACCUUGGAAUACGAGUUUAAUUGGUUUUGUGGCGCAGCUCGAAAAGCUUGUAUUACGAAACAGUGUCGUCCAAUAAAAUGUAUUGAAAUCUUAUUUCAGCGAUGCUUGGCUCCCCCAAAACACUACAAUUUUAACAUUUUGCGUGCCUAUUUAGGAGAAUACCAAACUUGUAUCAGAAAUAUUGUAUACUCCUUCUCCGUCAAACACACCAUCAGCAGCUUCUCCAAAAUCUAAAUGUCUGUCGUUUAGAUAUUUUAACUGUCCUUUACGCACACUUUCUUUCUUCCAAUGGUUUUAGAAAAAAAGUUAUGUCCAUCUCUGGCUAUAAGCCAGUCCUUCUCAAAUAGUGGGGCGGGGGCGCCUGUGAACUCGGAGAACCGUACCAGAAUGUGAUGAAGCUUAUGUAGCACUUGGCUUCACUGUAACUACGGUGGGAGACGAAGAAAGAUUGGUGUCUUGUUUCCUUUAAUGUUAAUAACCUUAUAAUGUUAUGCGUAGGUAUUGUUAUAUGAAUUUUAUAGACAAAUUAUACUAUUAAUAGUCACGGUGGAAAGUGUGAGGGUUGGGGGGGGCUAUAAGCUAAUGGUCGGAUCUUCCAGUAACUCAGAUGUUUGCUUGUAACUUAAAGUAUAAGGAUCAGCCAAGAGAUAUCUUGUAUCCCAAGGUACCAUUACAUUUUAUAUUGUGUUAGCAGGUAUUACACUGAUUUGCUUUCUCUGCUAUAAGACAAAGCUACAAUGUUUUGUUAGCAUACGUUGACCUAAAUUGGAUUCAUAUUUUUCUUCCGGGGACAUUUUCUUCUGAAGCAUCGUUACAUGUUAGGAACAAAAAGGGAAAUACAAUUACGCCCGCCGUGCAGAACUCGGAAGGGACAAUUCACUCAAAGCAUCAUAAUUACAACAGUAGUUCAGUAUUUAUACAAUGUAGCUUUUGCUUUUACCGGUGAAGUUUGACAUGGAGUUUUUUAAACGAAGGCUCUUCUAACGACAGAAGUUCUAGUGCCUUAUGUUGGACUUCUUCCUGUUAAUAAAUAGAAAGUGGAACAUGAACGAAUGUGGGAUGCAGCAUCCUGGAGUCAGUUAUAGCAAAUAACUCCAUUAUUUUGCAGUCAUCGCGAUAACAGUCCAAAAAUAGCAUUAGUUUUAAUGUAGAUGUCUAAAAAGUAAAACAUCUUUUUUACAGUACAGUUGAAUAAGAUGGGAAAUUGCAGGUGGAUAGUGACCAAGUCGACAGUUGAUGAUUGAUUACCUCUGUUGUUUAAUGUUAAAUUAAGCUAAGUGCUGUGCGUGCGUGCGUGCGUGCGUGCGUGUGUGUGUGUGUGUGUGUGUGUGUGUUAGUAGCUUCAUGUUUGAGCAUCGCUUUUUCAUCAGACUCAAAUAUAAGCGCAUUUAUAUAUCAAACAAUUCUUCCAAUAAACUGACUGGACGUAAAGUUCAAAGAAGCUUAUUGCACAAACUUAACGUUGGACUUUUUGCUGACGUUUUUUUUUUUUUCAUGAAUUUAAAUGUUUGUCUCAGACUGAAUCCUCAGAGGUCAGAAAUGUCAUUUUGUAGCAAUGAAAGUCAUCAGAAAUGUACUUGUACUGUCCAACUGGCAAUACGACAAUAAAUAUGUCUAUUUCUAAUUAUCUGGUUUAUUCUAUGAAUUUUUUGCACAGGUGAUGCAACAAGAGAAAAGAUCAAGAGUUGGCAUGUUGUAAGAAUGCAAUUAAACAAGAAAAAUAAAACUGCACAAAUUGGAAAAAAGGGCAAAACGGUAUAAUGUUGGGAGAGAAGUUUGAAAUGUUCAUACUAAUACAACGAAUAGGACAAUGUGACAGCUUGGACAUGCAGAUGAGGUUUUCUUGAACUCAUUAACCAACUACUCAUGUUCUGUUUCAACUCUUUAAAUGGAAAAAAAAUUGUCAAAUAAAAGCUGAGUCAUCAUCAA